AUGUCGUGCCCAACCCAAAUCUCUGGACGUUGCGUCGCGUCAACUGUCGCUGUUCUUGCUGGAGGAGCUCUUAUCGGAUACAUUGUUGGAUACAAGUUGGGACAACGUAGUGCUCGUUGCAACUACAAAAUUCAACUCGAUUCGAACAAGGUCGCUGACACUGUUGAUAUUGAGGACAUCGGAGAGAAGAAGGCGUUCUGCAGAUGCUGGAAGAGCGAGAAGUGGCCAUACUGCGAUGGAUCUCAUGGAAAGCACAACAAAGAGACUGGAGACAACGUCGGACCACUCAUCGUCAAGUCCGAGAAGAAGUAA